AUGACAUCCAAACGCAUGCCGGUAUACUUUCUUGGUAUCGGCGGACCCAACUUCAUGGAAGAUAAACAACAUCCAGCAUAUCACAAACUAGCCGAAACCGGUCUGGAAAUUACACAAAAAGUCCAGCCUAAAGCUGUAGUCGUAUUCUCAGCGCACUGGAAAGGAGGUCCUAGUACAAUCCAGAUUAAUGUUGUCGAAAAGACGGACUUGAUCUAUGACUUUUAUGGGUUUCCGCCGCAUUACUAUGAGUAUGACUACCCGAAUAGAGGGAGUAUGGAAGUUGCGUCGAGGGUUAUAGAGAAACUUUCUACGAAAGGUAUUGAUGUCGAGCCGGUGAAGAGAGGUCUUGACCAUGGAGUAUGGGUUGGAUUUCUGGCUGCCUUUGAUCCAAAAAAGAACCCAUUGAACGUGCCGAUCGUAGAAGUCUCGAUAUUUGGCAGCGAGGAUUCAGACCAGCACUACCGCAUGGGAGAGGCACUUCAAAGUCUUCGAGAUGAAGGCAUCUUGAUUGUCGGUGCGGGCAUGGCUGUUCACAACCUUCGCGAUUACCGGGCUACUUUGGCAUCGGGCAAGACCAUGCCGUACGCCUAUACCUUCGACGAAGCUCUUAAAGAAGUCACUACCGCCCCUCCAGAAGCACGACGAUCGAAGAUGGAGGAAUUGAUGAAACAGCCUGCUGCUCGAGAGGCUCAUCCCACUUUUGAGCAUAUCUUGCCUCUGCAUGUCGCUGCUGGUGCGGCUGGGGAUGAUGUCGGGGAACGACUGUGGACUCUUCCGGAGAGGAGUUUGAGUUGGGCUCAGUAUCGAUUUGGAAGUGUCUAG